GGCUGGGCGCGCAGGGAUGGGCGACAGCGGGGCUGAGUCACUGCAUUCCUGCAUCGGGCUCCUGGGCAUUUCCGCAGGCUCUCUCCUGCUGGCCGUGCAUUUCUACAGCUCCGCGCGAGCGGCGCCGCUGAUCCCCAGCACGGCUCUGGGGGUCCUGCUGCUCCUUGUGUCGGCUCUCCUGGCCUAUGCAGUCCUGACCAGAGGGAGCUUUGCCCUCCCUGGCACGGAGCUCACCGAGAAGAAGGCCCAGGAGCAGGGCUGGGGCAGCACGGGCAGCACCAACCCCUUCGCAGCCCCCGGGCUGCUGCUGAACAUGCUGUCAGCCAGUGUCUUCUGCUGCAGGCUCCUGGGGGCCACCCACAGGCUCUUCCUGGGCCACGUGCCCUGGCUGUGGGCAGCUGGCACCUACCAGAUUGGCAUCUGUGUGCUGUCCUACCGUGCAAUGGACGCUCUCAUGGCCACGGCCUUUGGCUUCACUUCCAUCCUCAAAUUCGCUGCAGGUUACUGCCUCCUGUACCCCGCCUGGCAGCCAGAGGAGCCGUCUCUCCCAACCCCAUUCCUGGUGGUUUUCUCCAUUCUUUUUGCUGUCUUGGCUCUUUUUAUCUCCCUUCAGAGCCCUGUGGAUGGCCUGUACUUGCUGGUUUUUGUCGCCUACUGCAUUGCCUUGGCUUGCAGCCCCAGGGGUUUUUUUGCAGGGGGCCCCCAAGGUGUGGCCGUGGCCAUUUUUGUGUCCUCGGCCUCGGUGGCUCUGAUUCACCUGUACAAUGUGAGGGCCAGGGCCAAGAUCCCAAGAGGGAAGGGGGCUGUGAAGGCCCUCCUUGCUCGCAGCAGCCUCCUGAAGCUCCGUGAGGGGCCAGACCUCCACGCUCCCUACCUGGGCUAUUCCAAGUAUGCCGAUGCAGAGGUCCUUGCCUAUGCCUGCAGUGUGCUGGCUUCUUUUGCUCUAACAGCCUCAGGAGACCCCCAGGCUCCUCUUGCCACCGUGGUCAUUCCAUGGGUGGUGGUAGCUGGUGGGAUCCUGAAGCUCCUGGGUGGGUCAGUGGCCUUUGCCCGGGGUAAAACUUUGGAGAGCAGUGCCUUCAUCCUCUACUCUGUCAUGUGGAUCAUCUGGGGCCUGACAAGGUACAGUGGCCUCUGUGGCACUGCCAGAAGCUUCCACACAGCCGUGGGCAUCAUUUCCUUCAUGCUCUUCAACAGCUUCAUUGUCUUCUGCUCGCUCUUCUUAAACAUGGCCUGGUUCUUCUACUCCCUCACGUUCAUGCUCAUCGCCGUCAGCUUCCUGCUGGAUGCCAUCCAUGCUCUUCCCACUGGAUACGACAUCGCUGCCACCCUCAUCUUUGGGCUGGUCAGCUUUUACUGCUUCCUGGCAGCCCUGGCCAGCAGCACCUUUGAGGGCUGCUGCUUGCCCAUGGGGAGGCCCAUGGUGCAGCUCAGUGGUGUCGGGGCAGGAACCACCAAGUGCCUUCACCUCCCUGCCAGGAAAGCUUCCUCAGUCAAGAGAAUCGCAGAUAUCCUGAGGAACGGUGGCACCUGUGGCAUCCCCACGGACACCGUGUACGUGCUGGUGGCCGCCUGCAGCCGGCCUGACGCCGUGGAGAAAGCUCACCGGUCCAAGCGCCAGGCUCAGGAUCGCCCCAUGUCCCUCUGGAUUUCCAGCCUGAAGCAGCUGGAACCUGCCAAGCACUUGUUCACUCCCCUCCUCUGGGACUUCAUGGAGGCUGCCUGGCCAUCUCCCAUUAGCUUGGUCAUUCCCAGAGGUGAAUGGGUGGAUUUCCUGGGAAUGAAGGACUCUGCCAAGUACGUUGGGACCCCUCAGAGUGUGGCCAUUCGCAUUCCCGACUGCUCUGUCACCACACACCUCAUCGACCUGGUUGGCCCCAUUGUGGUCACAUCAGCCAACCCAACAGGAGAGGCUGACACGACCCACCACAACCAAGUGUAUGCCAAGCUGGGAGAUAAGGUGGAUGCAGUUCUUUGUGCUGGGCCUUCUCCAGAGAACAUUGCCUCCACCGUGGUGGACUGCACCAAGAUCGACAGUGGGAGCAUUGGAUUCUUCCGAGUCGGCAUCAUCCCCAAGUCUCAGGUGCUGCAGAUCCUGGAGCAGGUGCAGAAGAAACACCUGGUGGUCCCUAGCAGUGGCCCUUGCCCCAGGAAAGGCUGGGAGGAGCUCCAGAGUCGUGGCCACGCUGUGCCCAACGGGGUGGGCAGAGCUGCCGUGGUGGAGCCGGACCCUGAUCCCGAUCCCGAGCAGCACACCCGCUUCUGACCGCCACAGCUCCGUGCUCAGUGGGACACCAGCUGCUGGAAAAUGCCAUUUUGGCCAAACCGGGCAAUGGGAGAGGCUCCCCAGCUGCAGGGGUGCCUCAUCCAUCUUCCUAUGGACUCUGCUCAAAUAUCCCAGUGCGGUGCUGCCUGGCACAGCCCAGGCACCCAGCAGGAACACCUUCCCUUGGGGACACUGCCAGCUUUCCCUGGAGAUCAGCCACGGCCAAAGCAAGCUUUCCUUUGGUGACAGCUGGCCCAGAGUGACAGAGCUUCAUCCCUGGCACUGGGAGGGAAUUCCGUGGAUUUGGGGCAUGGAGUGAGGCCAAGCAGUGCAGAAUUACCUGGUGGGGGAAAAACACUGCAUGAAACUUGAAUCACACAGAAUCCUUUGGGUGGGAAAAGACCUCUCCAGUCCUUGAGUCCAGCCACCCUCCAGCACUGCCAGUGCCACCAUUGACCCGUGUCCCCAAGUGCCACUCCACGUGGGGAAGGAGGAGGAGAGAUGUGUCCAGGUGCUGUGCUGGUGGAUCCAAUGGGCUUGGCAGAGUCUGGGCUGGGAGCUGGGGGUGUCUCCUGCUGUGUCCUCUCCACAAGGGAGGUCAUCUGUGUUUGACCCCUCUUGGGAGGUCUUUCCUCUGUUGGGAGAACCCAACACUCCAAAGAAAUGCCCUGACCUGAGGUGCCAUUUCUGUAUUUCACACUCCGUGUCAGGGUGGAAUUCCCAUCUGGAUGACUCCAAUAUUAUAUCCUUAAAGGUGCUGCAGCUUUAGGGAAGAGCCUCCCUUCCCGUGUUAGGAAUUUCAGGAGGGCAAUCUCCAUGUGUUUGAGGAUGCCAGGAGCUGGUCUCUUGCCUUACAGCCCAACUCUUCCCAUCUCAUGGCACGUUUCCUCCAGAGUGCAAAUUCCAUAGGAUCAGAGGAAGGAAUUCCAUUCCAGGCAGUCACUUGUAUUCUCCAGCUUCUCUGCAAGUUCCUGAAAUGCAGGGAAGGAGUUGGAGAUGUGCUCACCCAUGACCUUACUGGCAUCACUGGGACAGGGUGGGAUGGCUCCUGGAGGGCAACAGUGGGAGGAUGUCGACUUUUUAGGAAGGACAGGCAGUGUGGAGUGGUGGCUGCUGAGCAGGAGGAGUUGGGAAGGAGUCUCAAACCUUCGUGAGGAGUUUUCCUUGGCAAACACUGCAGUUAUGGCUUGUUUCAUCUCCAAAAACUGCUGGUCUUAUUCUUACCUGACUCAGGUGCAAGGUGCUGAUCAAACCCCAGCUGAAACCAAUCCAUUGAUCAUUGAUUUCACCUGAAGCUGUGCUGGAAUUUGAGGAUUAAAGUGGUGCAGUCGGAGGAGAUCAACCUCGAUGAACUCUGGCAAAAUGGGGUCUCCUCAACUUGUCCUCACAGAGCUGGCUCUCUUCCUGCAGAGUAAAUUCCAGAGAAUUAAGUGUGUUCAAUAAUUUUGCUGAUCUACUUCCUGUAUCUCCUUGGAGUUUAUUAAAACUGGUUUUUAG